UUCGGGCAGCGAGUAUAAAGAGCCCGGCUCCGCCCUGGUACAGCUCUGGGCUUUGCAGGGGGGACUUGCAGGCCUCGUAGGUGCGCAUCCGUGAGGAGUUCCAGUCCAGACACCACGAAGAUGGCACCCAUUGCGGGCAAAAAGGCCAAGAAGGGCAUCCUAGAACGUUUAAACUCUGGAGAGGUUGUGAUUGGAGAUGGAGGGUUUGUCUUCGCACUGGAGAAGAGGGGCUACGUGAAGGCAGGCCCCUGGACCCCCGAAGCUGCUGUGGAGCACCCAGAAGCAGUUCGCCAGCUGCACCGGGAGUUCCUCAGAGCUGGAUCGAACGUCAUGCAGACCUUCACCUUUUAUGCGAGUGAAGACAAGCUGGAGAACAGGGGCAACUAUGUUGCAGAGAAAAUAUCCGGGAACAAAGUCAACGAAGCUGCUUGUGACAUUGCCCGGCAAGUGGCUGAGGAGGGAGACGCUUUGGUGGCAGGAGGCGUGAGUCAGACGCCUUCAUACCUCAGCUGCAAGAGUGAAACUGAAGUGAAAAAAGUAUUUCAGCAACAGUUAGAGGUCUUUCUGAAGAAGAACGUGGACUUCUUGAUUGCAGAGUAUUUUGAACAUGUUGAAGAGGCAGUGUGGGCAGUGGAAACCUUGAAAACAUCUGGGAAGCCAGUGGCAGCGACCAUGUGCAUCGGCCCCGAGGGGGAUCUGCAUGGUGUGAGCCCCGGCCAGUGUGCCGUGCGCCUGGUGAAAGCAGGAGCUUCCAUCAUCGGUGUGAACUGCCACUUCGACCCCACAAUCAGUCUGCAAACAGUGAAGCUCAUGAAAGAAGGCCUGCAGGCCGCCGGGCUGAAAGCUCACCUGAUGAGCCAGCCGUUGGCCUACCACACUCCCGACUGCGGCAAACAGGGGUUUAUCGAUCUGCCGGAAUUCCCCUUCGGACUGGAGCCCAGAGUUGCAACCAGGUGGGAUAUUCAGAAAUACGCCAGAGAGGCCUACAACCUGGGGGUCAGGUACAUAGGCGGGUGCUGUGGAUUCGAGCCCUACCACAUCAGGGCGAUUGCAGAGGAGCUGGCCCCAGAAAGGGGCUUUUUGCCGCCGGCCUCAGAAAAGCAUGGCAGCUGGGGAAGUGGAUUGGACAUGCACACCAAACCGUGGAUUAGAGCCAGGGCGAGGAAGGAAUACUGGGAGAAUCUUCGGAUAGCAUCAGGAAGGCCAUACAACCCUUCAAUGUCAAAGCCCGAUGCCUGGGGAGUGACCAAAGGAACCAGGGAGCUGAUGCAGCAGAAGGAAGCGACAACUGAGCAGCAGCUGAAAGAGCUCUUUGAAAAACAGAAAUUCAAAUCUGCGUAGUAACCUCAGUGGAACCCAAUUUUGUGAAUUCUUCUAUGCUUGGGCCACAGUCCUUAGAAAUAAGGAAAAGAUGGUUAAAAUAACAAUGCUCAUAUUAACACCAGCCUACACAUAAAAUCUGUACGAGCUGAACAAAAUAGAAUUACAAAUACCACCUGAAAGUUUUAAAAGUAUGUCUUAGAACUUUCCUCAGAAGCAAAAUAAGUACAAAGUAAAUCUUAAGCAGGUUUGCUAAGCACCCACCAUGAAUAAGGUAUUAAAGAAAUUGCUGUGACCAAGGAAACGUAAUUCGGACAUUAAUCCCACUUCAAGAAGUUUUCAGGCUAGUAAGGAGGAUUAGACAUGAACUGUCAAAUGGCUCAGAAACCAGACAGGGACAGAUGAAGUGAUAUACGGAAGUGACUUCCAAGCUCCUUUGAAUGUGACUCUUAGCAAGCAACACGAUUUACAUAAUGACCCAGUAAAGCACAUACUAUGCAACCAUUGAAAUAAAAUGUGUGAUCUAUUCCGAUA